UGGGCACAGGUGGGUGGCAUUGGUGGGCACAGGUGGGUGGGCACAGGUGGGUGGCACUGCUGGGCACAGGUAGGUGGCACUUCUGGGCACAGGUGUGUGAAAUUGCAGAGUGGCACAGGUGGGUGCACUGCUGGGCACAGGUGGGUGCACUGCUGGGCACAGGUGGGCGGAACUUGCGGGUGGCACUGCUUGGCACCGAACAUCAGGGCACUGAUCAUCAGUGCCCUGAUGAUCGGUGCCGAUCCCCGCUCUGAGAACUGCCGAUUCUCGGCAGUACUUUCCUCACGAUCUGACAGCGUGAGGAAAGUGCAGCCGAGAACCGGCACUUGC